GCGUAGAGCCAAAUUGAGCAGUCGAACGAAGUAAAAAGUGAAAUAAAGAACGAAAAAACAAAAUACUAUGGAUUUUACAAAAAACUUGCUAAUAAUAGCAGUCAUAGUAAUGAGUUUGUGUUCCGAGUAUUACUGCCAAUGCGAUGGGGGUGCUGAUUGUUCUAGUUGUACAACAGCAUGCACUGGUUGUGGAAACUGUCCAAAUGCAAUAACCUCCUGUACCAAUUCAACAGACUGUUUUAGAGCCAACACAUGUACUAGUUCAACCAACUGUUAUAGAGCUAGAACAUGUACAGACUCAACCAACUGUUACAAUGCUACAGCCUGUACCAAUUCAACAGGAUGUCCCAGACGUUAAGUUUUUUUUUUUUGUAAAAAUAAUAAAACAAUAUUUUUUAUCAAA